CGAAUGACCAGCAGGGUAGGAAGUGUAGUCGAGAGAAUACCCGAUAUCACAUUUUAGUAGCUCAAAAAUAAGCCAUGUACUGUUUAUGUAACGGAAUAUCCAGUUUAAUAAAGCUGUGGGUGGUCUGCGUGUCUCUUUUCAUAAACCAUGGAUUCGCCGGUAAAAUGAAGAUAGUCGAGGAGCCAAACACAUUUGGGUUGAACAACCCUUUUCUUGCUCAGGGAAGCAGGCUACAGCCCAAAGUGACCCCAUCUCCAGUGUCUGGACCGGUGCAUCUUCAUCGGCUUGCUGGAAAGUGCUUCAGUCACACAGAGUCAACGUAUAAAUAUGAAUUCUGUCCAUUUCACAACAUCACACAACAUGAGCAGUCAUUCAGGUGGAAUGCCUACAGUGGGAUACUGGGGAUCUGGCAGGAGUGGGAAAUAGCAAACAAUACGUUCACAGGAAUGUGGAUGAGAGACGGGGAUACUUGUGCAACCAGAAAUAGAGAAACAAAGGUGAUAUUUGUCUGUAGUGCAAGCAGCAAGCUUGCUCAAGUCUCAGAGCCCAGUACUUGUGUGUACUCGCUAACCUUUGAGACCCCACUUGUUUGCCAUCCCCAUUCUCUAUUAGUGUACCCGACCCUGACUGACACACUGCAAAAGGAAUGGGAUGAAGCCGAGCAGGCUCGCUACGAAGGUCUCAUUACUGAGCAGGGAUACAAUAAUCUUUUGAAGGACAUCUUUGAAGAUGCUGGUCUCCUGAAGAGCGAGAGAGUGAAGGUCAAGCUGCCAGAGGUUGCAGCCAAUUCAGAAAUGCACAACUCUUUACAGAAAUGUACAGAGGACUUCCAAAAACAGAGAAAGGAGAUUGAGAGACUGCGUGCUAUCCUCACUCAACACAAUAUUCCUUUUGACUCAAAGUCAAGUGAAGCAAAAGGUACAGUAAGUGUGACAGUAAAGGAUCAACACCUAAGGGGAGACACCGGCCUUAUUGAUCUGCACUGAAUAUCUCCUGGAAGUCACGGCCUCCGCUUGAAAGCACCCGGCUGGAUUUUGUUGGUCAAUGUGAGCGACAGAGACACUCAUCAUCAGACAAUAUUCCUGUCACUGGUGUCAGCACUAAACGUUCGUCUGAACAAGUGACAGAGAGAAACUGAACUUAUUUGCGGAUUACAAACUUUUUUUUUUUUUUUUUUAAGAGAGGUUAGGACACUCAGCUGGCUUUCUCCAGGGUGUUCAACAGAAACAAUCAUCUUAUUAACAUGCUUCAAAUCCUGUAAGCAUGCAACAUGUUGAGAAAAUAAAAAUGGUUUUAAGAAAAAAUUUAAAGUUUUGACAGGAGAAAGUCUAGAGAAAGUUUACAAACUGUUUACAAGAGAAAAGUGAGUCAGGACGUGUUUUGUACCAGGUAGAGGACACUAUCAGAAAAUAUCCACAAUGAGUACAGCAUCUACAUGGGUGUGUCUGCAAAUUGUACUGGACUUCAAGAAAAUGGACUAGACAUAAAACAUUUUAUCAAAUAACUGGUAUGUUUCACGUGUGUAACAGUUACCAGAUUGUGUUAUGUGUGGCAUAAUUCAGUGACAGCGAAGUACUUAAAUGUCAAGUGCACUGUAUUUGGGAGUAUUUUUUAUAAAUUCAGGAAGUGAGUUCAGGUCAUCA